CGGUAAAAUUGCGUCAGUCAACAAACUGCUCGCCUCACAGUCACUCAGUCAGUCAGUCGUUUGUCAGCCUCCGCGAAAGUCACACGUGUUUGCGUAGCGCGAUUUCCUCUUAUCGAUCCAGUCACAAAAAAGUGAUAGUCUUGUUUUACAGCUUUCGGUGUUUGAAGCGAAGAAGAAAAAGCAGUGCAAAAUGCCCACGUAUCACAAGCCCGAAUCCAAGACUAUCCAGGAGCUGAAGGAUAUCGCUCACAAACUGCGUAUUCACUCGAUUACAUCGACUCAGGCGUCCAAGUCCGGUCAUCCGACGUCAUGUGCGUCAAUUGCGGAAAUUAUGUCGGUGUUGUUUUUCAACACGAUGCGCUACAAAAUCUCCGCCCCGCGCGAUGCCUCUUCGGAUCGGUUCAUCCUUUCGAAGGGUCAUGCAGCGCCGAUUCUGUACGCCGCGUGGGCUGAGGCUGGCCUUUUCCCAACCAGCGACUUGAUGAAUCUGCGCAAGAUCGAUUCGGAUCUAGAGGGACAUCCAACGCCACGUUUGAACUUUGUCGAUGUGGGAACCGGCUCUUUGGGUCAGGGAGUGGCCGUCGCCUGUGGAAUGGCCUACAUUGGCAAGAACAUCGACAAAGCCGACUACAGGACCUAUGUGCUGGUCGGAGAUGGUGAAUCUGCGGAAGGUUCGAUCUGGGAAUCGCUGCAUUUCGCUGGCCAUUACAAACUGGAUAACUUGUGUGUGAUUUUCGACGUUAACCGACUGGGACAGUCGGAACCAACUUCCCUGCAGCACCAGAUGGAAGUUUAUCGCAAGCGCCUGGAUGCUUUCGGUUUCAACGCGAUCGUCGUCGAUGGCCACGAUGUGGAAGAAUUGUGCAAAGCUUUCUUCGAAGCUUCCGUGACCAAGGAUCGCCCAACGGCUAUCGUUGCCAAGACCUUCAAGGGCAAGCAUUUCCCCAACAUUGAGGAUUUAGAAAAUUGGCAUGGAAAGCCUCUGGGUGAGAACGCCAAUGGUGUCAUUGAACAUUUGCAGUCGUUGAUUCGCAACGGUGGACCACUUCAGAUUGCUCCUCCUUCGCCACAGAAAGAGGGUGCUAAGAAGGUCAACAUCGGUAAUGUUCAACUGGCGACUCCUCCAGCCUAUCAGCUCGGAGAAUCGGUGGCCACCCGUUUGGCUUACGGUACGGCUUUGGCUAAGAUCGCUAUGAACAACGAUCGCGUAAUUGCCUUGGAUGGAGACACCAAGAAUUCGACCUAUUCUGACAAACUGCGCAAGGCCUUCCCAGAGCGAUUCAUCGAGUGUUUCAUUGCCGAGCAGAACUUGGUUGGUGUGGCCAUUGGAGCUGCCUGCCGUGACCGUACUAUUGCUUUCGUGUCCACCUUUGCCACGUUCUUCACGCGUGCCUUCGAUCAGAUCCGUAUGGGAGCCAUUUCUCAGACGAAUGUCAACUUUGUUGGAUCCCAUUGCGGUGUGAGCAUUGGAGAGGAUGGACCUAGCCAGAUGGGUCUGGAAGAUAUUGCCAUGUUCCGAACCAUUCCUGGUAGCACCGUCUUCUACCCGUCGGAUGCCGUCAGUACGGAACGAGCGGUUGAACUGGCCGCCAAUACUAAAGGAGUGUGCUUUAUCCGUACCUCCAGACCGAAUACUGCUGUCCUUUACGAGAACAACGAGCCAUUCCAGGUUGGCAAAGCCAAGGUUGUCAAGCAGUCCGCCAACGACACCGUUCUUCUGAUCGGCGCUGGUGUGACUUUGUACGAAGCCCUCAAUGCAGCUACUGAGCUGGAGAAAUCUGGCGUGCACGCUCGUGUGCUGGAUCCGUUCACCAUCAAGCCCAUCGACAAGGAAGCCAUUGUCCACAACGCUGCUCAGUGCGGUGGACGCAUCGUUGUCGUCGAGGAUCACUACAAGCAAGGCGGCAUUGGUGAAGCCGUGCUUUCGGCCGUCGCUGAUCAGCGCAACGUUGUUGUCAAACAUUUGGGUGUCGAGCAAGUUCCACGCUCCGGACCGCCAACUGUUCUGAUUGACAUGUUCGGUAUCUCUGCUCGUUGCAUCGUCGCUGCCGUCAACGAUAUCCUCAAGAUGUAAAAUGGAUAUGAAUCUACCAGAAGGGCCUCGGACUGGUGAUCAUAACCGGUUUAUUGUGGUGGUUCCAGAACGCCAAGUUAAAUGACCCCAGUUAUCCCCACAUGAAUCAAAUUUAUCACAUUCCCCAUGAAUCUUAUGCUACUCUUCCAUUCCCUUUUUUACCUUAUGUUCCUUAGAUGGUAAGUCGGAUCAUGUUCACAUAGGCGUAAAAUUUCCUUUUCAUUAUUUUUUGAUUGAGAAUUGGUACGUUUACUUCUUAGACAUUAUACAACUGUUUUUCAUUUCGUACAAUAUUUUUACAAUAAAAAUAUAUUCAAAACACUUUGAA